AUGAACAUCACCGUACGGUGCUGGUAUACACUCGAUGGCAAUAGCCACCAGCUCCUCGCUCGCUCCCCCGGCAAAUGCUCCGUGACAACUCUCAAGGGCUUCCCGCCCUCAUCUAACUUCGCAAAGACGCGCCUCCGCCCGUGUCUAGAUUUCAUAUGCAAAUCUUCCCCCGAGCUACUACACGACCCCUCCAAGGAUUAUGCGGUGUACAUCCUCGACCCGACAGAGGCGGCGUCGGCGCCGAGUGCGGCUCUCGCUGCCGUCGGAGGUGGUGGAGAUGGUGGCCCGGCGUCGCAGGGCGUAGCGAUUGGACUGGGGCUCGUGAGCACGCUUACGACGGACAGCUAUAGUACGACCCCGGCUGUGGGUACAAUCAAGACGUCCGCUUCGGGCGAGAAGUCGCUUGAACUAGGUUUUACCUUCCGUGGUCUGCCGCGAAAGCAACCAAUGCAACCACUACCUGCACCCUCGCACGCAUCAUCGUCUCGUGCACCUUCCGCUGUGCCGCCAGAUAUCAAGCCCUUCGCCGAUCCGUCGGUGGCAGCGGCCAUGCACACCCUCCUCUCAACGUCCCGCGCCGGACCUGCCCCUCCGGCGUUCAGCGCCUACCUCUCGCGCCAAGCCUCUCAGCCUCCCUCACGCAGACCCAGCGAGUCACUGCCACCGUCGUCUAGCCCUGGUCCGUCGCCUGACAGCGACGAUGACGAAAACUCAGUCGAGGUGUUGUCUGCGGACGCUGUGGACCCGCACGCGUUUAGGAGGAGAGGAUCGACGGCGAGCGUGUCGUCAUUCUGCAUGCCUUCGUCGCCCAGCAAUGCGUCGUACCGUACAUCCUCGGUAGCUCCCAGCGCGUCGUCGCCACCCAGCCCCAGUAGGAACCUGAAGCGCAAGGCCGGCAUUGACGAUCCGUUCGAGCAUGAUAGGAGGAAACGCAGGCAUGCGUCUUCCCCUGCGCGUGUGCAGCCGCUUAUGCGUCGUGCGACGGAGCUAGCAAGCCUGACGUCGAAUGGCUCGGCAUCGGGCGUUCCGCUUCAUCGGAGGAAUACUGAGCUAUUACCACCACCGUCCUCGGCCAAUACGCCGCGACCAAAGACAUUGCUCUUUGCUGCGCGCUCGGCGCUCGUAGCGUCUACGCGCAAAUCGUCCGCUCCACCUGCAUCUUCGUCUCACGCAUCGACUUCGACCUCGCGUCACAAGCCACCGCCUGUUCCCGUCUUCAACCGUGCACCACCGCCUUAUCCCUCAUACACAUACCCGACCGGCCCCAUCCCCACACAACAACGAACGCCGCCUAAAGAAAAGAAGAAGUUCACGGUACCGGAUUGGGCGCGUACGAGUACGGCCACGCAGCCUCGUGUCAAUGCGGAGGUGAAGGCGAAGAAUUUGGAAGAGAGGAGGGAGAGGGGCGAGAUUGUCGGCGAUGAGAAGGAGAAGGGGAGGAAGAGGGUCGGGAGGACGCAGAGUUCUGUGGCUGCUUUUGGAGGAGGUGGUGGAAGUGCUGAGAAGGGCAAGGGGAAGGCGGGUGUGACGAUGAGCUCUCCGGGCGCGCGUGUGGCGCUCAGCUCGCCGCUGAAGAUGCGCUCUCCGGCGAAGAACAAAGUCAAGUCGCCGAUCACGCUCAGGAGCAGCCCAUUACGCCCGCCUGUUAUGCCCUCAUCGUCACCAUUGCGCCCAUCUGGCUCUGGGCCGUCGUUGUUUGCGUUCGCGAGGGGUGAAGCUGCGAAGGUGCCGAGGACACCGAGGAAGGAUAAGGAGAGAGAGGGCAGGAGGACGCCGAGGUCCAGUUUGAGGAAGAGCGCGGGGAGGGCUGGGUUGUUUGGGAGUGCGGAGAAGGGUGGACAAGGACAUGGGGAGGGCGAUAUGUUUGGGAGUCCGCUGUUCUCUGACGAGGAGGAUGAUGACGAUGGCGCGGCUGGUCCUCAGUCGCCUUCACCGUCCAAGAGGCGCACAUCGCUGCUCAAUGCGACACCCUCGCGGCGGACAUCUCUCCUCUCGCGUACACCGCUCUCGCAGACACCUCGCACGACAAACGUAGCGCAUACGCCCUCGCGCCUGCUCACCGCUACACCCCGCGCGACACCUUCCAAGCCCAAACCUACCCCGUCAAAGUUUGCUGCGCUACUGGCACGCGGUACACCCGCCUCGACACCCCAACGCGCACACAACAUCGGUGCGGCGCGUAAAGCAAAUCUCGCGGCUCUACGACGCGCUUCAGGUCCUGGCCCGAGGACAAGUUCGUCUGGUAUACCGUCUAGCUCAUCGGUAGCGGAGAUGCCAGAACCAGGAACGGAUACGUAUACGGACGAUCUGCCGCCAAGCUCGCCGUUACCGCCUAGUAGUCCGCCCGCCGAAGACGACGACGACGAUGACGACGUGGACGACAUGGAGGAGAUCAUGCCCACGGCUUCACAAGAGUCUGUAGAGCAGGGUACACCAGCCUCGCAGGGUUCGCAGCCGACGCCGUCCCAGGACUCGGUGGUGUCGGAUCUACCGUCUAGUUCAGUUCCUACGCCGAGUCAAGAUUCGCUGCCUACGCCAUCUCAGCACUCUUUGCCCACGCCUACUCAGCAUACAUUGCCGAAUGCGUCACAGGACGCGCUGCCGAUGCCACAACAGCAACAACCCCAGUUGUUCGAAUUUCCGGCCGCGUCGCAAGAGUCUAUGCCUUCGUCGUCGCAGACAUCGCUUGCAGUUACGGAUACAGAUCCAGACGAUAUCUUCGCGGGAUUGGAUAUUACGGCGGGUAUCUCAUUCGCCGAGUUCGAUGCAGCGGCAGAAGGCUUCGAUCCGUCUGCGCUCGACGGCUUUGAUGCGCUCUCGGACGGAUUUGACGCGGGUGCGCUCUCGGAUGGCUUCGACGCGGCCUUUUCGGAUGGACUCGAUGCAGUUUUGUCUACUGGUGGCGAAUUUGGGAGUGGCGGAGACGGUGGGGCACCGCUCGAUGAGGCUUCGCUGGCGACAUUGCGGGAGCUGUUCCAAGCCGAGCCUAUAAGUAUGGAUGGUGGUGGGGAUGACGAUUGGCAGGGGUUUUUGCAUGAGCUUGGGAGUGUGGGUGUUAAUGUCGAUGGUUGA